ACACUGCUGUGAGAUUUUCCAGGCUCUCGGCAGCAGAGAGAGAAAGAGGGAGACGCGGAGGAGAGAGCAGCAGCCCCACCGAUCCUCAAUCGAGAGAGAGGCAGCGUCUGGAGCAAGAGCUGGGCGGGGAGAUAACUGCGGUACUGAAGAAAUACUUCAUUGCCGAACUGCAGCAAUUUAUCGGCAGCACAACUUCGUCCCCAUAACGCAAAAUGUCAUCGUCGGGAAAAGACAACAGCUCCCAACAUGCGAAUUACGUGGGACCGUAUCGCCUGGAAAAGACGCUUGGCAAAGGACAGACAGGCCUUGUGAAACUGGGCAUCCACUGUGUCACAUGUCAGAAAGUUGCUAUUAAAAUUGUAAACCGGGAGAAACUCAGCGAGUCUGUGUUAAUGAAGGUGGAGAGAGAAAUAGCUAUUCUGAAACUCAUAGAACACCCUCAUGUUUUGAAGUUACACGAUGUCUAUGAAAAUAAAAAAUAUUUAUAUUUAGUUCUAGAGCAUGUGUCAGGUGGAGAGCUCUUUGACUACCUGGUAAAGAAGGGCAGAUUAACACCCAAAGAGGCGAGGAAGUUUUUCAGACAGAUCAUCUCCGCACUGGACUUCUGCCACAGUCACUCUAUAUGCCACAGAGACCUGAAGCCAGAAAACUUGCUGCUGGAUGAGAAAAAUAACAUCAGGAUAGCAGACUUUGGCAUGGCUUCUCUACAGGUUGGAGACAGUCUCUUAGAAACCAGCUGUGGAUCGCCUCACUAUGCUUGUCCAGAGGUUAUAAGGGGGGAGAAAUAUGAUGGCAGGAAAGCUGAUGUAUGGAGCUGUGGAGUCAUUCUCUUUGCACUUUUAGUGGGUGCUUUGCCGUUUGACGAUGAUAACCUGAGGAACCUGCUAGAGAAGGUGAAGCUGGGGGUCUUCCACAUGCCCCAUUUCAUUCCUCCAGACUGUCAGAACCUCCUGAGGGGGAUGAUCGAGGUGGACGCCACCAAGCGACUCACGUUAGAACAGAUACAGAAGCACACAUGGUACAUAGGAGGGAAGAAUGAACCAGAACCGGAACAGCCUGUGCCGCGGAAAGUGGCGAUUCGCAUGCUACCCUCCUCCGAGGAAAUCGACCCAGAUGUGCUGGAAAGCAUGCACUCACUGGGCUGUUUCAGAGACAAGAACAAACUGAUGAAAGACCUGCUGUCAGACGAUGACAACCAGGAAAAGAUGAUCUACUUCCUCCUAUUGGACCGUAAGGAGAGAUAUCCAAGCCAUGAGGAUCAGAAUCUACCACCCAGAAAUGAGAUAGAUCCUCCCAGGAAGCGAGUGGACUCUCCGCUCUUGACAAGGCACAACAAGAGGAGGCCAGAGCGCAAGUCGAUGGAGGUGCUGAGUGUGACCGAAGGCGGUUCUCCUGUUCCUGUGAGACGAGCAAUUGACAUGGCACAACAUGGACAGAGGUACAGAAUUGGUAAAUCUGUUUUCAGUAAAAGCUUGGAUAUCUCAGAUGCCAACCCCAUACUGCAAAGCAAGGACGAGAGGUCUCGGUCCAUCAGCGGAGCCUCAUCUGGUCUGUCCACUAGUCCCCUCAGCAGUCCUCGGCCCAUGCGGCGAUUCGCUGUUCCCCCGCAAUCCGCAGAUCUCACGUAUUCGCCAAACAACAGCCCCACUCAUGCUCCUGUGUCGCGGUUUAACGGCACAGGUCCCCAUUCCCCCAAAACCUUUCAACCAAAGACAGUUGCCCUUCAGUACAACAACAAAACCCAGACCCUACCAGCCAAGCCCAAAGUCGCAGACAAGCCCCUGCAGGCCACCAGGUCCAACCCACUACCCGACACAAGGGCCACGCCAUCAGCGGCAAAAUCUGAACCGUCUACACCGUCCACGCCCUCCCAUCCCCUGCCGCCGCCAAUACCCAGCAGCCCUAAGGUGCGGCGACCGCCUCUCACGUUGCCUCCCAAACUCUCCGUUCCCCUUUCUCCCCUUUCGCCCAUCCGGCUUCACCAUCUUCACCCGCUAGCCGGGACUGACCACAACGGCAAAUCUAUCCCCACCAUACAGGUUACGCCCCACCACUCCCCCAGGGGUAGCCCGCUGCCGACGCCAAAAGGGACGCCGGUGCACACACCUAAGGAGAGCCCAGCGGGGACCCCCAGCCCAACGCCACCCCCAAGCCCAUCCAUCGGAGGCUUGCCCUGGAGGACACGCCUCAACUCCAUCAGGAACAGCUUCCUUGGCUCACCACGCUUCCAUCGCAGGAAACUACAAGUUCCCACGCAAGAGGAGAUGUCCAGCCUAACACCAGAGUCUUCCCCCGAACUUGCCAAAAAAUCUUGGUUUGGAAACUUUAUCAACCUUGAAAAGGAGGAGCAGAUCUUUGUGGUGAUUCGAGACAAGCCUCUGAGCUCCAUCAAAGCAGAUAUCGUCCAUGCCUUUCUUUCUAUUCCCAGCCUCAGCCACAGUGUGGUGUCUCAGACGAGUUUCCGGGCAGAAUACAAGUCCACGGCCGGCCCAACCGUGUUCCAAAAACCAGUGAAGUUCCAGGUGGACAUCACCUACACCGAAAGCACGGCUGCCACUAAGGAGAACGGCAUCUACUCUGUCACUUUCACACUGCUCUCAGGUCCCAGCCGACGCUUCAAACGGGUGGUGGAUACGAUUCAGACUCAGUUGUUAAGUACACAUGACCAGCCCAGUGUUCAGCAGCUGCCUGGAAUUAUCCAGAAAACGUGUUAAAGUCCAAGUCCUGCUCUUGCACAAGAUUCAUGUAUGGCACAUUGAUGGAGGGCACAUUACAGUACAAGCUGAUGGAAACUCCUCAUUCCGAUGCAUCUAAACUUCUCAAAUGCCAAUCCAACUUAUUCCUCAAACUGCUUUCUUCUGCAUCUACAUACAGCCACACAUGUCCAAGGAUUUGGAGUGAAGCCUUAAAACAAAGAUGUUUAUUGUACAAUAAAUGAAUUCCCAUUACGCUAACCCCCUGCUUUCCACCUUUCUUUCGUUUUUUAAUCUAUCUGCUUGUCCUCUCUCUUUUUCUCUCUUUCUGUCCUAUGCUGAAACACAUUCACAAACACAGAUAUUUACAAAUGAAGCAGGAAAUUGUUGCAAAAGGACAAAAGACAGUUGGAACUUUGGACGUCGUAAUGCGUUUGAGGAGUUGCCCUCAAGGACCCUUGUUGGAUUGUAUUCAUUUCAAUGUAGUCUUUCUUUGUGAAAUGAAGAAUUUAAACAUUUUAUGGACUCGGUGUCAUUGCUGUACAAGAUUUGGAGAUCCUAUUUGAAAAAUUAUGGGGAGAACAACUUUGGUGUGGGUUGUGAAGUGGGAUAACAGGGUGGGGGGAUCACAGUGAAAUUAUUUAUUCUGUUGUACAGACUGAAAAUAUUCCUUAUGUAUGAAAUGUCUAUCAGUGACAUUCCUUAGAUGAACUGUGUUGCCACAUCCUGUUUUUUUCCUCGUGUAGCGUUAAUGCAACGUUAGUUUUAAAUGAAAAUGAUGCGUUAUGUAUUCAAAGGGUACUCAUGCUGUCCAUUUUUAUUUAUUUUUUGGUUUUCUUUUGAGAAACAUCUGCAGGAUUCAGAGAACUUUUACCCUCAUUUUUGUAACUUAUUUAUCUGUUAUUUUCUUUUUUUAUUUAUUCAGCUGGGGAAUAUUUAUAUAUACAAAACCGGGUGGUGGAGAUUUUAUCGUCUGCCUCAGGGCGACUCGUCAAGAUUGUUUGAAGGAUUUUGUGUUUUGUGUACAAUAACACACAUCCGAUUUUGUGAAUGAAGCACUCUCUUUCCCGGCUUUGUCCAGAUAAAAGAGCUUGUGUAUAUGUUAAAUUAUUUACCGGUAAUUUAAGAAUGUAGACUAGCCGCUUUAGGGUGGGUGGGGGGGGGGCGAUGGAUAAUGAAGUAUUGAUAUUUGUCACUCAUCUCAUUGUGCGUGUAUAACAGGUGGACAUGCUCAAAUCACAUGUUGUAAAUAGACAACUUUGAGCAAACAACUUUUCUAAAAAACAUCAAGGGGAUGCCGCUGCUCCUGGCUCGAUCUCUCGUAAUGCAUGUCCGACAUUCGGCAUUAAUUUGCAUGAUGUUAAAUUUCUCCACAUCAUCUUUUUCACAAUCAGAUUUAAAAGACUUAUUUCCUGCCUUUUACCCCUCAUGUCAUGCGUCAUGAGAUUUUAGUUUGUCAUUUAUCUCCCUUACGUUCUCUCUUCUGUAUCAUACUCUCGGAUUUGGGGGUGGGUGGGUGGUCUGGGAUGUCACACACAUGAUCACUUACGGGAACAUACAGCGUGGAGAAUAAGCGGAGAUGUAAUCUAAGCAAUACACAUUAUUGUCCUUCCUAUUUUGUACUUUGGGAGAAAAGCUGGAUGAUGUAAUGUAUCACGGAUUUGAGCGGGAAGAAUAGACUCGCCGCUAAUGUAUCCCCUUGUAACUACUGUGAACAACUUCAGUGCAAAGGAAAUAAAUCCAUUGACUUUGG